AUGGCGUUCGAAGACCGCUGCAGUCCGAAUCAAGCAAACAGCCCCGGACCCGUCGCCGGUAGAGUGCCUGCGCCGCACGCGAACUCGAAUAUGACUCUAUAUCCGCAAAACCAGUAUACUUGUACAACGAUCGAUCCACGAUUCGACAGAUCUAACAUGACAGUUGUUAAGAUCCAACCUAACUCUCCUCCACCCAGCCCUAAGGACCAAAACGAGAUGGACUACCAAAAUUAUUAUCGACCGGAAACCCCAGAUGUGAAACCGGUUAUCCCUGACGACAGAUUCGACCCGGAUAAACGAAAUCGACAACAAGCGGCGGCGUCGAUUGCUUUUUCAAUAACAAACAUCCUUCAUCCUGAAUUCGGUUUGAAUGCGAUCAGGAAGACCAAUAAAAUAGAAGGUCCUAAAUCGGUUGGGCCUAACCACAGUAUUCUAUACAAACCGUACGAUUUAUCGAAGGAUUAUACAAAGUUUAACUUCGAUUACAUCAAGUCUAAGGAUGAUUUUAGUGCUAUGCCGCCGCUUGGUGGUCUACGACAGACUGUGUCAAAUAUUGGUGAAGUCCAGAAAGAGAAGGAAGUACCAAAGAUCCUGGAAGCCCAGAAACGACCAGAUUCGGCCAGUUCUAUAGUCUCCUCAACCUCCAGCGGUUUGUCCACUUGUGGGAGUACAGAUACUAAUAGUCAGACCUCUCAAGGCAAUGGGUCGCUGUGGCCGGCUUGGGUUUAUUGCACGAGAUACAGUGAUCGACCUAGUUCCGGUCCCAGAAGUAGAAGAGUGAAGAAGAAAAUGAAUCCAGAAGAGAAGAGACCAAGAACAGCGUUUAGUGCGGCACAACUUGCUAGACUAAAGCAUGAAUUUGCCGAAAACCGCUACCUGACUGAGAGAAGAAGACAGGCCCUGGCUGCAGAGCUAGGUCUUGCUGAAGCGCAGAUUAAGAUCUGGUUUCAGAAUAAAAGAGCGAAGAUCAAGAAGGCGACUGGUCAAAGGAAUCCAUUGGCUUUGCAACUAAUGGCCCAAGGUCUUUACAACCACAGUACUGUUACAGAAAGUGAUGAGGAAGAAGAAAUUAAUGUUACG